GGUACGGUCCUUCCGGAAGAUACUGUACCUUACUCAGGAUUGGAAGUACAUUAUCACAUGAUUAAUGUAGAGGUAUGAGCAUGUUUUACACAGGGGAAUGAUAACACAUUUGAGACGACUAUCUGCACGGAAUGAGAAUGGGAAUGAGAAUGGAAUGGGACGAGAUCGAGAAGGGAAUAAACCCCCAUUCCAUUGUUCUCUAGCCCCCUCUCUUCCCUCCCUUUGACACCUGCCACAUAAGCUUAAUUUGAGGCCAACCGUUUUCAGGUUUUCAGUAGCGUAUUUUCCUAGGGAGUCCGUUCAUGGCUCGAAGGUGUGUGGUUGGAAUUUUAAAGCAUAAUGAUGAAAAGGUUUAAAAACAGAAAUAGCCGAACUGAAACCGCUAUCUACGUUGAUUAACUACGCUAAGAAAAUCCUUAGUCAUUGUGUCCGCAGUGAUGGUUGUCGGAGACAAGAGAGAAUGAGAACUAUAAUCUUUUCGGAGAUUAUAGUCGUCUUGCAUUACAGUAAGUUAGUUCAUACGUCUGUAAUGACAUCUGCAAACGAUUAGAGUCUCUAGAUUUCUCAGAUAAGGACGAUAAAUUGUAGGUCCCGUCACGUAUUACAAACUUUGCAACUUUUAAAUUUACGUAACAGAAACCCGCACGCUCAGUUAAUUCGUAAAGCCGCAGGAGACGCAGUCAACUGUGUGAUAUCUCUCUGCUAUGAUGUGGUCAGUCUGGCCAGAUUAGAAAUCAGGCUAUUUGCCGGAUCCUGGAAUAUCACUCAGAAAUUGAACUCAGAAAUUUACGUACAAAUACUUUUUUCCACAAUUGUAUAGGUUAACAUGAAACAUAAUGUGGACGUUAAUUUUACACCAGGAAUACACACCACAAUGGCCGACGUCAGUACCAACAUUGAUUCGUAUUACCCAACACUGGCACAAGCAUACAGUGAAGGUUGGAGAUUGACCAGCUUUUACAGGGUCCCAGGGGCAAAACAGCAGGCUUUUAUGUCAACAGCUGUAAACAUUCCAUUUCAAGGCAUUUUUACCAAGUAUGUGCUUCAUUCUGAUAGUUGGUUAGCUUGCGUAGCGCGCGCCGGGUGUGUGGAAGGACAGUCUCGAACCCAGAGCUCUUCUGCGCAUGACGGCCAGGGAGGAAGUCAGAAACGUAAGCACUGGGCUCAAGAUUGGGUGAAAGGAGAAAAACAGAAGACGCGCGCACAUGCACACUAGUGUUACCCUGACGCGCGCUCUAUAAAAACUAAUAAAAAAAAACUAACCGGCGCCUGCCACCCAGGCUAAUGCAGCUUACGUUUAUUGGCACACCUUCCAUGAUUAGUGUGGCUUCUUCUUUUUACUCACCAAAAAUUCAAAGGGGGAAAGACUGCCUGUAGCUGUUAUCGCUAGAAAUUUUUGAUAGUCCAUUGACUGUUCAUUAGAAGGAUUGCCUCGGAUGAAAGGAUGGAAGAUCUAAAGUAACUAGGAUGGGGUGAUAAAGUCGCCAAUAUAAAACUAAUAGUGGGCUCACUGUAAUUUUUUUCUCUUUUCGUCGCUUGCUCUCCUUAUCUUGUACAUAUAUCUAACUAGUCGAUUUUUUGAAAACGAGUCUAACGAAAUUUUUACCCAUUUGAGUGAAAAAGGGCCACCGAAUAAAAUGGCAGGGUUUUUCACCCGAUAAGCUGUAAAAUCGCAGCAGCGAUGGAAAAGGAAAGGACAACAAGGAAGAGCGAGGAAGAGGAAAGGAGGCGAAUAUAUGAAAAAGCAAUGGUUGCACUCUUAGUUUUUAUUAUGGGCACUUUGGAGAUAAUUUAUGGCCAAAAAAACAAAAACUGUUUGACGUAACAGGUAGCUUUGGCGAUAAUGUUUUUAAAAAGUCGGCUAGAUACUCGUAUGACGGCGUUUUUCCACUGACCAGUUUAUUUUUAGAACGGUUUUGGCGCGAAUUUUGAAUAUCUGUUAAAUUCCACAAACCAGUCAUCAAAACCUACAGACCUAAAAAUGAUAUUUUUGCCUUUUAAUAACGUUUAGUUUUCCUUUUUGAUAUCUUAUUCUUCGGAUGUGCUCAUAGACAUGGUAGAGAUUUUUUCGCGGGAAAAAGUGUCCUAACAUGGACGUUGCUCGCUCCGGGUUAUAGGCUCCUGGAAAAGAUGAAUUUCUUGCUCGCGUUUCGGAAACCAACAUUGAUCGUUUUACGGCAAUGGGUAGUUAGCCCCUGGCUCCAUCAACCCUGAACUUAUAGGAGCAGGGGUUGCUCUUUGUCUUGAAUGUUCCAGGCGUUCAAAUUGUGAGGAUAAUGGGUAGAAAAUAGAGCAAGAAAAACAGCGAGAGGGUUUUACGUACGCUUUCCCUCCUUCACCCUCCAUUUUCGCGCCACUUUCAUGCAACAAUCUGAACGCCGGGAACAGGAUACUCUUUGUCUGGUCUCUAUCCCCGUCUAACCCGGCCUUGUAUCCAGGCCAGUUCUUGCUAUCCGAGUUACCAGAGGAGGCUUGGAACCGAGUGCGAUAGCGAAUUUUCUCGACAAGCUUGACAAGUGGCGUCACAUCCGAAAUCGCCGAGGACGACUGGGAACGAGGCUGGUCGAACCCGGCAUGAUAAUCAGAGUCCAGAUAGGUGCCACCCAAAGCUGAAGCCGUUACAGUUACUGUUUCAUUUUCUUUACAGUUUUCAGUUCCAGAAUACAACCAAUUAAUUUCCUUAUGAAUUUCCUUUCCAGAUGAUACUGCACGACGUAAAAUUACACUUAAGUUAAAGAUAGUUAAAUUACAUUUUAGUUCAAACCGAAUUUAAAAAGGCAUUACUUUAUUUUUGAUGUCAUUUUGAGCUAACUCCAUUUAUAUCUCACUAACUAAGUAAUAUAACAAAAAGCCGACAAUUAAAGUAGUUGUGUAGGAGCUAUCACAUGACUGUGCUAUAAAAGAAGAAUUCAUAUUUAUCACGACCUUUCUGCAACUGUUUUUAGAUUUCCCACAGCUCCUACCUCUAGUGAGAGCUGGCAGCUGAAGGUGGAGAAAUCCAUUAUGCUUGUGGAAAGAGUCAGAAAAAGAAUAUCCAAAAGGAUUCACACUUUUCAGACAGAUGUCGAUACCGGUGAUAUUUUUACUAAAAUCACCCAGGUAUAGCACUGAGAGAAACAUCGUAUAUCAGCAUAAUGUGAGGAGCCGAAGGAAGUAAUCGGCUCCUGAUAAUGUAUAUUCUUUCCUGAUCUUGGAAAUUCGUCAUUAUGUAAUAGCUAAUGAAUAGUUCUCGAGGGGGUGGGGGAAGUACUCCCUAGACCCCCCUAUUAUGGCCUACGCUGGAAGGCUCUGUCCGGUCGGGGUAGCUUUUUCAGGCUUCAGAUUUAUAAGGAGAAAGGGAUUUCAAGAUCUGAAGUAUGUGAAAGAGUAGGGAACAGGGGCGGAUCCAGGAUUUUUACGUAGGAGAGGGUGCACCACCGGAACUACCAGUUAACCCUGUCUCGUGUUUAGCCUGUGUUCAGACCCCCCAUUUUUCCUAAGGGGAAAGGGGCGGGGUCUGUACACAGGCUAUCUGAUGGUCUACUUCAACACCAACAAAAGGUUGAAAAGGACCGCGGUUCAGUACGGUCCGUCCUUCUUUUGUACUUGACGAGGACAACUACGAAAACGAGAUUUUCUCAAUACUUAAUAUUAAGUAGUGCAUGCGCGCUUGAACUAGCGUCAUUUUGGCGGGAAAACGUGAUAAUAGUCUUCAUUUCACUACGAGUUUUAGCAAGAAUGUCGUAGUUUAUUGAAAACAAGUGAUCAAAUGUUAGAAGACAAGUUUUACCAUUUUGUGAUCGGGAGACGACUUAACCUUCUUCACAAAUCUCGUCCUCAUCGUCGUCCUUGUCCUGAAUCGAUUUUUUGACGGAAGAGGGGGUUGGUGGAAAAUUUGGAAAUAAAUUGUUUGCAGAGGCUGUGAACACUGAAAUAAAUUGUAUGUAAGUAAAAAAUAAAGUGUUUGCAGGAAGAUGGAAACCCACAAAAAAAAGCAGCAAGAGCCGCAUAUAAAAAAAAUGUUUGCGUGUGAAAAUUUUCUAACCACCCCUCCCCCCCCGUAAAAAAAAAAUAAUGAUCUGUCCCCUAAAGGCAAAAGUGUCUAAAAAAAUGUGAUCAUUUCAGAAUACAGAAACUGGAGGUCAGCUGAUAUGUGUGGAGAUCACAGGCCAGUUGAAUUCACAAGGAACGAAUACGAGUUUAGGAAGGACUGGGGUAUUGUCAGCAGGUAAAAACGGUUGUGGGGUCAAUGUACGAAACUGACCUGCUAGAAUGACUUUGAAGUGCUUACCCAGCAACUUGCCAGCUGUAGUAGCCGUGUGAACACAGUAUACUCUAUCAUAUUUAAAAAUAAGAAAAUUUCAAAUCUAUUAUAAUUUAUUAAUAAUAAUGAUGAUUUCGAUAGUAAUAAUAAUAAUAAUAAUAAUAAUCAUCAUCAUCAUCAUCAUCAUCAUCAUCAUCAUCAAAUCAUCAAUGUGGCAUGUCGUGUUAGUGCACGAUGACGUCAUUUUACUAUUUUUGGACCAGAAUUCUUCAGUCUGUCAUUUCUCGUGGACUGAUUGGGGCCAUUAAUUUUAUACUUCACUGGAAGUGAGAAAUUUAAAUAAGGAAGCAAAAAACAAAAUGAAUUCUAGAAUCUUGAGUCAAAUGAUAUCAUCGUGAAAAUGGUAGUAGUUCACAAUGCGGUUCACGAUUCACCAACCGGGCAAAACGACAAAUCAAGUUAUUAGAGUUGUUCCCUGCCGCACGCAGACAUUUCUUUGGCCUGGUUUUUGACAUGUGCGAAGUCGUUAGCGUCACUGACAUUGGCUGAAGUUGCAAUGCAAGCCAACCUAUGCGAUAGGAUUUUUUUAGGACGAAAGGGGAAAUUUCGAAGACGUGCGAGUGCACUUCGUGUUCCCCUCGCGCGCCCCAAGCCAAAAAUCCUAACCGACGCCUAUCACGCAGGCUACCUACGCGAAUACCAGCGGCGCGAAAUACUCCGCACAUGCUACAAACUCUGCGUGAAAGAAACCUCUACCAGUAGGAUACUAGAGUUGUAAUUUUUGCUAUAUCUUUCAGGUAUGGGAGUUGAUUUAUUUUUUGACAUACCAACUCACCCAAACCCUCGUCGCUUUAUAUACCAAACAGUCAACGUGCCUAUCGAAGAAUCUGUAUUACCACCCCGUCUGGGGUCUAUACCAAAGCAUACGUUUUCUUGUGAUUGGCUUGGUCAGAUGACCUCAUUUCUACAACAUGACUGGCGACUGGUAGAAAUUUUCCUGGAUAUGUCAAGUGCUCCAAGAGAUCAAAGCCUUGAAGCUAAGGUCAAUUCGGUUUGGUUUUUUGAGAAAGAGGCCAGUCGAGUUAACGACCCCAGCCCUGUUUAUGAAGGCACUGUUAUAGAGUAUGAACACAAACUGUCAGCGGGACUCACUUCAAUAAGUGUGCCUCCUCAGCUGGAAUCACUUCUUUGUGAAAUGGGAAAACGCGGAUGGGAACUAGCUUGCAUCCUGGAAACGCCAGACAUCAGGAUCACAGGAUUACAGCAAUUUAAAAUGAAACUUCUAAUGUUUUUCCAAAGAAAACUUUCAGGCAUGUCAUACUAA